AUGCUUGUACUACUUCUUUCCUCUUUCCAAUUGCUAACAACAGUUUUUCUUCAAUUGAGAGACAAUUCUUUCCUCUUUCCAAUUGCUAACAACAGUUUCCUUCUUCAAUUGAGACAUGCUUUCUCUCUUCUUUCAAUUACUAACAACAACAUGCUUCUACUUCUUUCCUCUUUCCAAUUGCUUUUCCAAUUGAGACAUAACUUCUUUCCUCUUUCCAAAAGUUUCCUUCUUCAAUUGAGACAUGCUUGUACUACUUCUUUCCUCUUUCCAAUUGCUAACAACAGUUUUCCUUCUUCAAUUGAGACAUUCUUUCCUCUUUCCAAUUGCUUUUACUUCAAUUGGAACAUGCUUCUUUCCUCUUUCCAAUUGCUAACAACAUUUCCUUCUUCAAUUGAGACAUGCUUCUACUACUUCUUUCCUCUUCCAAUUGCUAACAACAGUUUCCUUCUUCAAUUGAGACAUGCUUGUACUACUUCUUUCCUCUUUCCAAUUGCUAACAACAACGUGGCUUCUACUACUUCUUUCUUCUUUUCAAUUGCUAACAACAGUUUCCUUCUUCAAUUGAGACAUGCUUGUUCUACUUCUUUCCUCUUUCCAAUUGCUAACAACAGUUUCCUUCUUCAAUUGAGACAUGCUUCUACUACUUCUUUCCUCUUUCCAAUUGCUAACAACAGUUUCCUUCUUCAAUUGAGACAUGCUUGUACUACUUCUUUCCUCUUUCCAAUUGCUAACAACAGUUUCCUUCUUCAAUUGAGACAUGCUUCUACUACUUCUUUCCUCUUUCCAAUUGCUAACAACAGUUUCCUUCUUCAAUUGAGACAUGCUUGUACUACUUCUUUCCUCUUUCCAAUUGCUAACAAUUUCCUUCUUCAAUUGAGGCAUGUUUCCUUCUUUCAAUUGAGACAACAGUUUCACUUUUACUUCUUUCCUCUUUCCAAUUGCUAA